AUGGGAACAAUUACAGGUUUGCCUCUGAUACUAGUGAAUGGAAAGAACAGGUGUGAGGGUCGAGUUGAGGUUCUUUACCAAGGAUACUGGGGUACUGUUUGUGAUGACGGCUGGGACACAAACGAUGCUGACGUCGUCUGCAGGCAGCUGAACUGUGGCCGCGCAGUGUCAGCCCUAGGAGGUGCCUCUUUUGGCCAAGGCUCAGGAAACAUUCUUCUGGAUGAUUUGAAUUGCUCUGGGACAGAAUCCUACCUGUCCACUUGCCCUCACCGGGGGUUCUAUAACCACAACUGUGGCCACAGUGAAGAUGCUGGAGUUAUUUGCUCUCUCUCAGGAAUUAGCAUAGAAACUACCACUGAAUCAACAAUUGAAUCCACACCUCCUGGGAUCACAGAAACAGUGUCCGAGGAAAAAACUUUACAUCAUCCAAAUAUAACUGCAACAGAUUCUGUUCUGUCCUUGACACUGGUGAAUGGAGGGGACAGAUGCCAAGGUCGAGUUGAAGUGUUGUACCAAGGAUCCUGGGGCACCGUCUGUGAUGAUAGUUGGGAUCUGAAUGAUGCCAACGUUGUCUGCAGACAGCUGGACUGUGGACAAGCAGUUUCGGCUCCAGGGAAUGCUCGAUUUGGUCAGGGCACUGGCAGAAUUGUCCUAGAUGAUGUGAGAUGCUCUGGAUAUGAAUCCUCCCUCUGGUACUGCCCCCACAAUGGGUGGCUCUCACACAACUGUCAGCAUAGUGAAGAUGCGGGUGUCAUCUGCUCAGGUCCUUAUACAACUCCUGACUACUUUACAAGCACACCAUCCUAUAUGUCACAAUCUUGUGGAGAAUUCCUUUCCCAGGCCUCAGGGAGUUUUUCCAGCCCAAAUUAUCCUGGGUACUAUCCCAACGAUGCCAACUGUGUCUGGGAUAUUGAAGUCUCAAACAACAACCUUGUGACCAUAGUAUUUGAAGAUGUGCAGCUGGAAGGAGGCUGUAAUUAUGAUUAUAUUCAGGUCUAUGAUGGACCUUACCAGACAUCCCCAUUAAUUGCACGAGUUUGUGAUGGAGGAAGAGGUUCCUUUACAUCUACAUCCAACUUCAUGUCCAUUCGAUUCAUCACAGAUAGGAGUGUCACAAGAAAAGGAUUCUGGGCUCGGUACUAUUCCACACCAUCCAAUGAUAGCACUUCUCUAGUAUGCUUACCAGAAGAAAUGAGAGCCACCAUCAGUAAAAGGUAUCUCCAGUCUCUGGGCUACAAUUCCUUGAAUUUUGGCUUGUAUAAUUCAUCCUGUCAGCCCACGGAAAACUCAAGCUAUUUCAUAUUUGUUAUACCAUAUAAUGGCUGUGGGACAAUAAAAUCUAUAAACAAUGAUACUAUCAACUACAGCAAUUUCCUCGCAUCAACUCAACCUAUUGGACAAAAUGGGGUAAUCACAAGACAUAAAAAUCUACACUUCCGUAUCAGCUGCAAAAUGCUCAGAAACACCUGGGUGGAAACUAUGUUUAUUACUAAUGAGACUGCUGAGAUCAAAGAGAUCCAAUAUGGCAAUUUCCACGUGGAAAUGUCCUUUUACCUAUCCUCUUCUUUCUUCCCGCCUAUGAAUAGUACACCGUAUAUUGUGCAGUUAGACCAGAAUUUGUACCUUCAAGCAGAAAUCCAGCACUACGAUUCCAACCUGGCAUUGUUUGUGGACACCUGCAUAGCAUCACCAAAUGCACAUGAUUUUAAGACUCUGACUUAUGACUUAAUCAGGAAUGGGUGUGUGAAAGAUAACACCUAUGUGACAUACUACUCACCAGUCCCAAGACAAGCUCGUUUUGGAUUCAGAUCCUUUGCCUUCCUGGAAAAAUUCCCUUCUGUUUACCUAAAGUGUAAAUUGGUGGUGUGUCAGGCAUACGAUUAUUCUUCACGAUGCUACAGAGGUUGUAUAACGAGAUCCAAAAGAGACACAAGUUCCUAUCAGGAGAAAGUGGAUGUUGUUAUGGGACCAUUCCAGCUUCAGAAAAAAGAAGACAAAAAUUGAAAUCUGAUCAAGAUGGCUGGACCAAGUAAAUCCCAGGAGGGUUCUAACCUCUCAUCUCUGAUGCUUUCUU